AUGAUCAACAUAAUAUGGUGUUUCUGCAAGACGAAGAAACGCGUACGCGACCCAAGUGAGCCUGACAAACGGCGGAAGACGUCUGGUGCCCCUGUAAAGCGAAGAAACUCCAUCAGUCCUGCUGGAAUCAUCAAUCGGAAUUCUCCUGAACAUUCUUCGCGGCAAUCAUUGCCACAGCUCAACACUGUACCAUCCAUAAGCAUCAUUGAAGCAGGGUUACAAGAAAGUCAAAUUGAUGCAAUAGAACAGCAUCUUCAAAAGCUAGACGAUAUACCCGAGGACCACGAAGUGGUUUCCAUCAGACCCACGGGAAACAGUGCCAGAAAAGCGCAAGAGGCUCUUGUCCGCAAUUCUGACGAAACAACAACAGAUAUGCAUGUACCAGGGAAACUGAAUAGAAGGGACGAUCGUAAGACCAAUGUGAGCUCUCCGACAGAUGACCGGAGUGGACGUCUAGAUCUAGAUGUUGAUGACCAGAGGGCAUGUAGCGGUGGUUCACAAAGAUCUACCGGUUCGUCUGGAUACGGCAGCCUGCCUCCCAGCCCACGGACAAGACCAGCAAUCCCACGUUCCGAAAAAACAUGGUGUUCAAAAACACUGAUCUAUCUGCGAAGCAAUCAACUUCAGUUCAGGUAAAUACCUGGGUUAAUCCCAAUGUUUCAAUGGAAG